CAUUGGAGAGGCAGACGGAACCAACUAGAGUGGGACAGGCCCAAGGAGGAAGACAAGCAAGUCUGAGUGGACAGAAAUAACUUAGAGGAGUGAGGAAAGUCACCUGAGGUAGGCCAAGAAAACCGCACAUAGAGAAGCCAGGGUGGUAGAAAGAGGAAGGUGACCAAGUGGGAAGAAGCUGAGUAUAGAGCGAGGGGCGAAAGACUGAGAGAGGGAGAGACAAACAGGAUCCGGGCAAACCUGAGGGUCGGCCACGUCCACGGAACUUGUUGGAGUGUGUGGUGGGGGCAUCGCUGGUGCUGCGGGGAUGAACUUUGCCGUGGGCUUCAAGCCGAUGCUGGGGACCUCGCAGAGCAUGGACAAUCUGGAGAAGCAGCUCAUCUGCCCCAUCUGCCUGGAGAUGUUCACCAAGCCUGUUGUGAUCCUGCCCUGCCAGCACAACCUGUGCCGUAAAUGUGCCAAUGACAUCUUCCAGGCCUCCAACCCUCUGUGGCAAUCGCGGGGCUCCACUUCAGUGUCCUCCGGCGGUCGAUUCCGAUGCCCCUCUUGCCGCCAUGAAGUGGUGCUGGACCGACAUGGAGUGUAUGGCCUGCAGCGCAACCUUUUGGUGGAAAAUAUAAUUGAUAUCUACAAGCAAGAAUCCUCUCGACCCCUCCAUGCCAAGGCGGAGCAACAUCUGAUGUGUGAGGAGCAUGAAGAUGAAAAGAUCAACAUCUAUUGCCUCACCUGUGAGACCCCCACUUGUUCCAUGUGCAAAGUCUUCGGAGCCCACAAGGACUGUGAAGUGGCCCCUCUGACCAACGUCUACAAACGACAGAAGGGGGAGCUGAGCGAUGGCAUCGCCAUGUUGGUAGCGGGGAAUGACCGAAUUCAGGCAAUCAUCACACAGAUGGAGGAGAUUUGCAAAACCAUAGAGGAUAACGGACGUCGGCAGAAGCAGCACCUGUGCCUGCGCUUUGACUCCCUGUACAGCACCCUGGAGGAGCGCAAGAAGGAGCUGCUCCAGGAGAUCGGACGAGAGCAGGAGGAGAAGGUCCAGCUGGUGCGAGAGCUCAUUCGCCAGUACGGGGACCACCUCGAGGUCUCCUCCAAACUGGUUGAGUCAGCCAUCCAGUCCAUGGAAGAACCUCAGAUGGCUGUCUACCUCCAGCAAUCCAAGGAGCUGAUUAAAAAAAUCACAGACAUGUCCAAAGUAUCCAUGAGCAGCCGUCCAGAGCCUGGCUAUGAAAGCAUGGACCACUUUUCCAUCAAUGUGGACCAUGUGGCUGAAAUGCUGAGAACAAUUGAAUUCCAGACAGAUAUUACCGGGGAGGAUACUGAAGCAGAAGGACCUGGCCCAGAAGGAGGCGAUGCUGCAGGAGAAGAGGAGCACCCGGAAGGGCUGGAUGCUCCUGAAGGGACUGAAGAUGUGGGGUUGAGACCUAAACCAGCAAGUGCCUCACAUGCAGGUCAGCACUGAAGAUGUGGGCUAAAAGCCACUGGAGGAGAAGCAACCCACAAUGUAUCUGGAGUAGCAGCUCCCACCCCUCACCAGCUCCAGCUUGAAUACCUUUCUUGCUUUACUCUUCCUCCAACCCAACCUCCUUUGGGUUUUUUUAUUCCAUUAAGAGAAUGAAAUUUG